AUGUCCUCCAAAGAUAAUAAUAAUCAGUUAAAUCAACCCAGACGACUUCACGAUUUAAUGAACAAACUAAAAUUGAGAGAGACAGACGAAAAGGAGUGGUUUUUUCUUUGGAAAGAUUUACAGGAGUGGUGCAAAGAGUUCAGACAAGUAAACAAAUUGGCAGUUAGAGAGUUCUUUAUUGUGUGCGGUAAACCAGAGAGACCAUCAUUCUCUAAACUUUUAUCAAAAGGAGGGAUAAAUCACAACCCAUCAUCAAAGCCAUCAACCAUUGGAAGAGAACUUCGUGAUAUAGUCGUCGAGGCUAAACAAACACUACCUUUGUUGAGCAAUCUCUCCUUUCAAGACAAAUUGGCAAUCACCGAAGAGAGGCUACGCCAACAAGAACAUAUACCAGUAUCCGUCGGUAUAAGAGUACAAACAAACCAACCAUCCGUGCUCUCUGAAACAGAACUAACCGAUAUCGAGAAAGAGACUAUAUCAAAACAUCUCAAAGCCAUGGAAUUAGAAGAUACUCCACUAUUUACAGUCUUUAACCAAAGCUCAUCAACUAUGAAACUUGAUGGAUGA